CGGGCGCGCUACACGCUCAGGCUGUCGAGCCCUGCCCGUGGCCUCCACGGUCUUUGACUGGUUGACAGGCGAAAAGCGAGUCACCAUUAGUCUGACAUACGGGCGGCUGUCGCCUGUCAGGGAUCCCUCAACUGAGAACCGUUGGGUCGUAGUUUCUACCACGAACCCUGCUCAUGCUCCGCACACGACGCAUGGCCUGGGCGGACACGCCCCCGCUGACCACGCCGCUGCUCAAGUUCGUGGCGGAGUUCUGUUUCAACAAGAGCCAGCGCCUCACCUUUGACAGCAGCUCGCCCAACGGAAUCCUGCUGUUCCGGGAAGUGUCCAAGGUGGUGGUGACAUACGCCAACGCCGUGUUGGCCAUGGCUCCGCCACCGCAGCAGUCCGGGCAGGGCGGCGGCAGCGGCACAGGGCAAGGCGGCGGCGGCGCUGGGGCUGGUGGUGGCGGCGGUGGCGGCUCAGCGGUGUACGACACACGCUACAAGGGCAUCUGGGUGUGCCUUCUGGCGCUGGCUCGCGCGCUGUCGGGCAACUACGUCAACUUCGGCGUGUUCGAGCUGUACGGAGACCCGGCGCUCAAGGACGCCCUGGAUGCGGCGUUGCGCAUGGUGCUGUCCGUGCCGCUGGCGGACCUGCUGGCUUUCCGCAAACUGGCCAAGGCCUACUUCGCGCUCAUGGAGGUCCUGGCGGCGGGGCACACGGGCGUGCUGGCGGCGCAGGACAGCCGCACCUUUGGGUUCAUCAUGUCCAGCCUGGAGGCGGGGCUCAAGUCGCUGGACGUGUCCAUCUCCUCCUCCUGCGCCUCCGCGGUGGACAACCUGGCCUCGUUCUACUGGCGACACGUGGGCGCCGUGGCGGCGGGGCAGCCGGACACCGUGUGUGUGGGUCUGGGCGGGCCCGGCUCCGGACCUCCGCACGGCGCGGCGCAGAUGGCGGCGCACAUCUCGUCGGCUCCCGGCUUGUUCCCCGAGUUGCUGCGGUCGCUGUUCGAGGUUGUGCUGUUUGAGGAGGCCAGCAACCAGUGGAGCCUGAGCCGACCCAUGCUGGCGCUGGUGCUCAUAUGCGGACACCACUACAACGAAAUAAAGGCCGGCCUGAUUGCCAGCCAGCCGCCGGAGCGCCAGUCAGCGCUGUCGGCCUGCCUGGGCAAGCUGAUGGUGGACGUGGCGCCCAACCUGGACCCCAAGAACAAGGACCGCUUCACGCAGAACCUCACAGUGCUGCGGCACGAGUACCGCAGCAAGAACUAGCUCGCUGUUCCGGGGGGGAGGAGACACGAGUACCGCAGCAAGAACUAGCUCGCUGUUCCGGGGGGGAGGAGACACGAGUACCGCAGCAAGAACUAGCUCGCUGUUCCGGGGGGGAGGAGACACGAGUACCGCAGCAAGAACUAGCUCGCUAUUCCGGGGGGGAGGAGGCACGAGUACCGCAGCAAGAAUUUGCUGGUUAUUUCGGGGGAGGGGGCUGCAGGAGAGGGCUCCGGGUUUGAAGGUGGUGGAUGGGGAGGGGGACCCCGAGCCAAGGUGGAGGGGGAGGGGGAGGGGGCCAAGCUCGAGGUACCCGAGCCCAAGCCCGAUGCCCGAGCCCGAGGUGCCCUGGUACCGGAAGUGGAGGCGGUACGGUGCAGGGGCAGCAGCGGCGGCAGGGGGCUGCUGGCGCGGGGCCACGUGGGUCGCAUAGGCACGCUGCGUGCGUGCACACGUGUCCUUUACAGGUCGGCACAGGCAGCAGCUAGGUGACGUGUCGUGCGUGGGUGUGGAUGGGUGUGCAUGCAUGGCUGGUGGCAGCAGCGUUGGUUGGUUAGGCGCGCAAGCAGCAGGCGUGCCAGCAGGCGUGUGGAUGUGUGGACGUCUUUGCCGAUUGGCUACAGGAGUGUUGCGAGGGAGGAGAGCAGUGGUGGUGCGCUCCUUGCUCUCUCUCCGAGCGAGCGAGAGAGCGCAUUUUAGCUGCAUAGAAGCGGGCGUGCGGGCUUACAUACGGCCGUGGCCGGAAGCGGGUAUGUAUGGAGGGGUAUGCGAGAGCAAGCCUGCUAGCCCACGGAAGGCAGUUCGUUGCAGGGGGCACGCCCCUUGAGGCCGGGGCAGAUACGGUAUUGCUCGCGACUCAGCUGCUUGAGCCUGCCCCUCAGGCCUCUUUGCAACCCAAGCCAAUCAGAGCAUCGGACAUUUGCUGUCCCUGGUGCAACCGAAAUGCAGUUCGGGGGCGCGCUUCGGGCCAGAGUAUUGUCACCGGAAACGACCAUCUGUAGUUUCAUACUAGCUCCGCCCGCUUUCUCUCGGCAUUGGCACUCGAGUAGAACCUGACGUUUCAGACACGAAGCUGCUGCUCCUGCACUGUUUCAGCUGGCCAGCAACUCAGUCGUGCAUGCGCCGUGUGCACGGGCGAGGGGCAGUGGGGCGGUCGGCACGGUAGGUCCUGCCAAGCUACAAAAUGACCAUUGCCAUACAUUGACCUCCGGAUGGCAAACACGUCCGUGAAAGCCUGGAAUCGAACCGUUCUCCAGGACCCGGACCUACGCGGGUCUCUGGGCAAAACAUCUGUCUGCAUGUGGCGACAUGCGGGGAUGCGCUAGGGCACAAAGGAAGGCACGCCUCCAGCCCUGCUGUGUAAACUUCGCACAGU